AUGAAGGAUUCGCCUGUCUUGCCUCGCCAAGUAUAUGGUGAGCUUUGCCGAAAGCUUCAUGGACGCUAUUGGCUGCAGGUGGAACAAAGGGAUGCAUCCUCAUUCCAACUCGCGGAGCUCCUCCCCAUAUCCCCUUUCACAGAUCCAGUCGCUAUAGAAACUAUUCGUAACACAUUGUCUCUAUAUGCAUUUGCCAUUGACGGACGAAAUUGGCAAGCGUUCUCUCGGGUAUUUGCCCCAGACGCCCGAGCAAAUUAUUCAGAGCCUCUUCCUGUUCUCUAUGGACUACAAAAUAUCACCGAUGCUAUUGCAGCCCAAGUUACUCAAUUCACGGGGACGCAUCAUAGAUACGGUACCCAGUACAUAGCAAUAUGUUCACCUACCUCAGCAAUCUCCGUAACUUAUCUUGAAGCUAGUCAUUUCUUCUUGCCGCAUACGUCGCCGGUUAUAGAGGAUGAUAGUAAUACCCUUUUUGCGACAGGAAGGUAUGAAGAUACGUGGAAGAAGACGAAUGGAAUUUGGAAGAUUGUGAAUCGAAAUUUGGUUUUUAUUGGACCGUUUAUCUUAGAUACUGCGUAG